UAAUCAGGGAACUUCGGAUGCUUGCGGAAGUAGCACCUUCAUAAUGGCGACCGGAGCAGAUCAAGCUGUUGGCUUUGGACUUGUUGGCUUUAGUCUGUUACUGUUCACAUAUUACACCAUUUGGGUCAUAGUCUUGCCAUUUGUAGACAGCGAUCAUGUGUUCCACAGCUACUUUCUUCCACGGGAAUAUUCAGUCAUACUUCCUGGAGUUGUAGCAUUAAUCCUCUUACUUUUUGUUGGUACCUUCAUAGGGGUUGUAACAUGGAAGAAUCGAAAACCUAAGAAAGUUGAUUAAGAUUCUCCACGUUGUCCUGAUCUGUUUACAAGAGCCAGUGGUGUUGUUUUAACUCAUGUACCUUCACCUGUAAACAGCCACGAGAUGAUGUAUUACAGUCUUUUGGAUGUUAAUGAAUUAGAUUUCAUUAGGAGGCCAAAUAACUACUCAACAUGUAGUAACACCGCAGUCAACUUGAGCAGUGGCUGCAAACUGGAUUUAACUUCAAAGAAAUCUUUCCAUAGUCAGGAAAAUAAACUCAAAUAAGAGAUCUUUAUUUUUGCACCUUAAGGGAAAGAUGUGUUUACUUUGACCCUGGAUGAGUGCUCAAUAGGAAAUAGUUUAGUUUUGAUUUGUUUGCUUUUAUGGUUUAUAUUGAGAAAUGAUUGGACUAGAUGGGUCAAUGUUUUAAAUUGACUUCAUUAUAAGGUAUAAUAUUAGAAGUUACUAAUUUAGGACAUCCGCUAAAAAAAACAUAUAUAAAUAAAAUUGUAAUAUGUAAACCUGUCUUUAAAGUUGUUGGUGUAACUUGUAUUUCAUGUUAUUAAAAUGUACAAUAUAUGUUGUAUUAUAAGAGUUCGUUUAAAACUGAUUUAAAAACAAA